GAGUGUUACAAACUGUAUCAUCCUCAUAUUGGAUCUAGCUAGUGAGUGUAGAAGAUGUUUCCUACAUUCCUCCUGACACUGCUUCUCACAUGGACAUGGGAGAGUGUGGCUACCGUGGAGUGUCCUUGCUCGUAUCGUGAGGCAGACCCGUUGUUUCCUGGGGCCACAGGCUACAGGUGGGACUGUGAGUACGUGUCUCAUGGCCUGGCAGAUGUUCCUUCCUCCUGCUGGGCUGAACAUCCACACGUUUCACAGAUUUUCCUGGACUACAACGACAUUGUCGCGGUGGCUCUGGAUAGCUUCACGGAGCUUACUGACCUGUGCACACUGUCUCUCAGUCAUAACAAAAUCGCCAUGAUACACGAGACCGCACUUGAAGGGCUAGAUUCGCUUGUGUACCUGGACUUAUCUGGCAACAGACUUAAGUCGUUGCCAUCACAAGUAUGGCAGCUGACGAGGCUCACGCACCUCUAUCUUGGUGACAACAGUUUUACGGACGCUGAGACAUUCAACAUAUCGAAUUUGGUGAAUCUGGAAGUGCUGGAUCUUCAUUUGAAUCACCUGAGUAAGAUUGAUUAUAAUAGUCUGGAACCUCUGACUAGACUCCGGAGUGUUCAUCUGUAUUGGAACAUGCUAGUCGACCUUCCUAGGAUGACUGAAAAUGUGCUGCUGGAGGAGGUACUCGUCAACGGGAAUGCUUUAUUGGAGUUUCCGAAGUACAUGUUCGGGAACCUGACGUCGCCUCUCACAUAUCAUUUUGUGGACAACCCUGCUUAUGACGUGUGGGCGACCAUGCUCCUUCCACUGCCGGACAGAAGCCACAUUGUAAUGGGCUUCGACGUGUCAGUAUGGGCGGAGGACGAGCAGCAGGCAGAGGAAUUACUGCAAAAAGACUGGUUGGUGCAGGAUGGUCUUUCCCAGGCUAUUGACCUUGCCAGCCUUGUCAGAAUCUGUGGUUCACGAAAUGAACAAAAGCAAGAGCGCCUGCCACCCUGCUGAAACACACCAAAUAAAAGAAUUAAAUUUUAAAGACUA